GGCCUCCUUCGUUUUGGUUUGUUUUGCAUGUCCGAAAUCUCGUGAUUUGUUUACUUUGUCUCAGAGCGAUCUGCAUAUAUAUAAUAUUGCAAUCAUAGCAUAUAUGAUUCAUUCAUAAUGGCUGAUCCUCGGCAGGAGAGAGUGUGCAGACUAUGUAAAUACCCGAUACAAAUAUGUGCUCGUGGUCUUCCGUUCUCCGAAUUUUCGUUCAGAGUACCGAGACAAUUCAGAUGCACGAUGGUGAUACCUUGCACUCUAGGAGAAAGGUUGACUCGAUUUUGGAGAAGUGAGUUGAAAUUGCAGAUAGAGCCAACAUAUGAAUGGUACGAGUUUGAUGUUCUACAGCGUGGAUCGAAAUACAUCCUCGCCGGAGAAAAGGAGAUGUUUGCUAGUAUAUACAAAAUCAACAAGGGCGACACGCUGCAUUUGAACGGUUGUUCACUUGUGCACGAACACCUGGUUUUUGGCCAUUUACGCCGACUGUCAGGCGAUAUCGCAGUGCCAAGAUGUACAAUAGAUGAGUACGAGGCGGAACAACGAAUUGUGUAGGAUGGAGUUAUCUACACAUCAAAAUCGAUGCCCCCUCGUGGAUGUUAGUUAAUUAUCGAGUAUGGUUUAGGGUGUACCUGAACAUGGGGCUAGUUUGUAAUAAAAAAAGAGUUGUCAGCAGUUGAAUUAGGGAGUUUGUUAUUUUUUAAUGGAACCAAGGCUCGUGAAAAAAAAUGUCUGACUGGUUCAAAGGUGAGACAUAUAUGAUUAGAGAGUAUUAUUACGCGACAUCAGAGUAAUCGGCCGCACCACAAAAGCAUAAUAAAAUAGGUUUACAACCAUGGCAAAAUGAUGUAGUAUUACAAUUGACAAAGACAUGUAAAAUUGAAUAAUAGAGUCGGACUGGUUUUAUUCCCCAUGUUUAAAAGCAAUGCAAGACAUUAGAAUAAAUUUCUGAAUAAAAUACAGAUCAAUUUAAAGAUGAUUCGAUGCCCUAUCUCUAGAAGUGAAUGGAGCUGGAAUUUAAUUCUACCAGAGUAGUAAGUAUGGAUGAGUUUUGGCUGUAUAUAAAAAAGUCUGACCCGCAAAAAGAAAGUGCAGGUAAAUUUUGACCAUCAUAAUCAGUAGGCCGAGGAUAUUAAAUCGCUUCUUAUUUCCAAAGUAGCUAUAUCUUUUUUGAAAGAAUAUGUAAAUAAAUAAAUUUGCUCUAUCUCGUAAAAAAGGAAUAAAUAGUUCUCUGAACGCGAUGUACGUUUAGAAGCCGGCACGGCACGUUGUAAACUUGCCUUGGCAUCGAGGUAAUUUUUUUUGCUAACCGUACAGGAGCUAGGUAAGCUCACGUUGCCGUGAUUUUCUGAUCUGAUCCGAGCGGUUUCAACUGUGGAAAAAAGUCUGCAAACUGCUCGCAGUCUCCACGGCGAACAACACGAAGUGAAAGGCGGCGUGGUGACAGGGGGCUUUGCGCGCCGGCCCGGCGGCUGCCCUGGGUAUUGGCGAGCGCUGUGGACGGUGGUCGCGGCAGAGCAGUUGCGGUGAUCGCCGCGGUGCUGCAAUGGGUGAUCGCGGCCGGGUUGCACUGUGUGAACAUUAACUGCAUCAGGGUUAAUUUUUCAUGGGUACGUGAGUGCAUUGGAGGAGACGGGCAACCUCAAUGGUACUGCUUAUGUUUGUCUUUUUGGUGUGCUCGGUGUUUGUAGAUUCUUGCAUGUAACGCUCUAUAUAUAAUUUGGUUUUCCUUCUAAACAUUCUCCAAUUAAUGCACUGUAACCUCCUUCCGUCGAUUUUUAGCAGACUGAGGAUACGUUGAUUGCUUGUUGAUGUGGUCUGCAUCUCCUCCCAGCAGGACGGACCGCAACCAGGCCUUCGCCGCUGGGGCUCUUCAGUAUCGGGCCCUCUCCGUAAAUUUGCAAGAAGCGAUGAAGUUUAAGGACAAUACCAGUAAGUUAGAUGUCCCUACAAACAAUGUUAGGGCUGCAGAUGAGCAACAACCUACUAAUGCUGCUGCUGGCGCAGCUACCUCUGCUGCUAAUCCGCCUGCCGUUUCUUCCUCUCCCCCUCGUCGUGAAAACCUUCGGAGGCCGUCAAAAGCUCACGCUGUUCCAAAAAAGAAUAUUCCGGGAAAGAGAAAGGAUAGGGCAGCCACACCGAGCGAUGAUGAUUUUGUUGACCCGCCAGCCCGUGUGAGCAAGGCCUCUAAACCUGACAAAAGGAAGUCCAAAAAGGGUAAUAUUAAUAGUUCUAAAAAGAUAUGCCCGAACUAUAAGUGUGCUCCCAACCAAGUUUUAGUGGCCAAGAAAAGUUUGUCUGGACCUGUGAAAGCUAAACUCAGAGAAUAUGACUUUGGAAUAUUCUUGGACUUGAAAUUGAGAAGUAUUGAGAAUACCAAGUUGUUGAUGUUCCUCAUGGAUAGGCUGGAUCCCAAUACGCUUACCUUGCGCAUUACAGAUAAUAAGCACUUGAAAAUUACUAGGCACUCCAUCGAAUGCGUUCUUGGGUUGCCAGAUAGGGGUACAAACAUAGUUGUAACCGGUAAAGACAUCCAAAAGAAAGCAUUAUGUGAACUGAAGAUGAAGCUUGGUGUCGAUCAAAGUGAAGAUGUCAAGGUGCAAGAUUUGAUUGCACAGAUUGUGAAAGAUGAAGAGGGUGAUGAAUUCACGAUCAGGUGCUUCGUGAUGAUCCUCCUGAACAAGUUACUCUUGCCAGGGACUUUUGAUUACAUCACAGGAAAGGAGGCUGCAAUGACGGAGGACAUCACUAAGCUGUGCUCGGUAAAUUGGGCUAAAUUAAUCUUUGAUGACAUUGUGAAUGCCUAUAAAUCAUCGCACUCAAAGAAGACCGGAACCACCAACCCCUCUAUUCAUGGCUGUGUGUUGUUCCUAGUUGUAUAUUAUUUGGAUAAUUUGUUGGGAAAGCCUUCUACCAAUCCCAUCGUCACACCUCGGAUAAAUAACAUUACGAGGGAGGAAAUGUUGAGGCUCAUCGACCAAGAUAAGAUAGUGCUUGACAGGGUUGGAACAUUUGAUGCUUUGCCGUUGAGGAGUCAGGUGGGCACUUGCAACAUGGAGGGUGCGGCCCCUACAACUGGUGGCACUCCUCCAAGUGGUUCAGAUAUCCCGUAUCGGUCACAUUCUUCUCCUCCUGCAUGUAUUGUUAGCAUGCAUCGUCACCUCGCAGGUUGCUUUGAUGAUUUGUGUGAGCCACAACAGGUUGCAGCCAUGUCGGCAUUGCGAAGGUGCGAUGACGACAUCCAAAGGCUGGUGCUCAACAUAUGUGAUCGACUGAUGACGACAGUUGAGGAAAUCAAGUGCAUUGUGAAGGAUUCUCGAUCGAACCCACCACCACCACCACCAAGCCCCAAGGCUGCUUCGACUGCUGCUCAAUUUCCCCUGUCAGGUGCGGGAGAAGAUUCAAACUUGCAUGAUGAGAGGCAGCAACCAUGUCCCACAACUGGUGUUGAUAACUCUGUAAAUGUGAUGCUUAAUGAGGGCCGCAACAAUGUUUUUGAUACAAGUGACCUUAGUUACACUCAGAUUCUUAUGGCUGCUGGGGUUCCAAAAUCUCAACAAGGUGCAAUUUUGGAUGGAGUAUUUGGCAGUCAGUGGAAUUCAUAGUGUAUCUACAAUGAUCCCGAUCACGAAGUUCUAACAAAUGGCGUGUGCAAAACUUGCUAUGAUAAUGGUGACAUGGGCAACUUAGAUGACGAAGGGGUCACCGCUGAAGAGCCUAUGGAUUCUUCCACUAGUGCUGACGAAGGUGAUCUUGUGCACCUUACAUCAGAUACCGACGAGGAGGAAACUGAGCCCAGUAACGAAGUCAUUUCAUCCAAGAGUGGUCAUACAAAUGUUGGUAUGGAUCAUGUGCAUGAUCUAUAGUCAAGUGGACUCCGAGCUCCUUUUUAUGAUGAGACACCCAAACAACAGCAUGAGACAUUGGCCACAUCUGCUGGUGGAACUACAAGCUUGACAGAUUUGUGGGAGUCGUCGAAAAAACUUCCUGAUGCCGAGCAUUUACCUCCUAUUGUCUUCGACAAGACACCAGAUCACGCAAUUGGGCCGGGGGCCGAAUUUGCAAAUGUAACUGAAAAUGCGAUGCAACCGCGAAAAGAGUCUCAUCAGUUUCGAGAUACUGCGAUGAAAAAGACGGUUGGUCAGCACGAAGUACAUUGGUGCAUUUAUGGAGACAACAAAAUUCUUCACAAAAUUAGGCGUUGAAGGUUUGUUGUUAAAUGUUGUGCCUUUUUAUUUUUGCACUUUCAGCAUGUAGUUCCCCCUACGUUUGAUGAGACACCGGUGCGCCUACGUCUAGAAAACUCGGCACAAGUGAGGGAGUAGACUGCACAACAUUCAGAAGUUAGUAACAAAAUGGCAUUGAUUUAAUGUUCUAAACUGUUUUUUGUUGAAAGUUUUAUGUUUUCUACAAUAUGUUUGGCAGAAAGUAGGUGAUUAAUAAAGAUUGUUUCUUGUUUCGUGGGCCGUUCAACUAGAAUGACAUUUGUCCACUAAAAUGAUGCCUUAAUAAGU